AUGCUAGUGUUUCGACGGUUCAUCAGAAAUAAGCUCGUUGGAGAGAAAUAUCUACAAAGCAGACUAAAUUACCUCUUAAAGAAGUUUGAGCUGAACUCUAAGAUUAGCCUCAAUUUGAACAAGAAAUGUGUCACCAGCAAAGCAAUAGAUGUUUGGCAUAUGAUCCAAAUAAUACCAUUAUUGCUGCUCAAACUAACACGUCUGCACGAGGAUCCUGCAUUCAAGCUCAUCAUAAUGUUGAAGAACAUCACUGAUAUUGUGACUGCCCCUUUGAUUUCUUCAAGACAAGUUGCAAUGCUCAAACUUGAAAUUAGUCACUAUUUAGAAAUCAGAUCAUCGCUUUUUAUGUCUCCUUUGCGACCAAAACAUCACUACCUUUCACAUUACCAUCAUCUUAUCCUCCAGUAUGGCCCACUUAUGCAAUUUAGUACUUUGAGCGGUGAGCGGAAGCAUUCAUACUUCAAAACAGCAUUGCGGCAUGCAGGAAAUUAUAAAAAUGUCUUGAAGCUUUGUAGUGAAAGACAUCAGUACUUGCAAGCUUAUUUAAGUGCGGAUAAGCAGAGAUUCAACGAAAAAAUCAUCUACGAAGGAACCAUGCGUACCUGCGAAGAUUUGAAUAAAAAUGAAAAGCAACUUAUGGAACUGUUUAAUUGUUAUGGAGAAAACUUCAAGUACACAGAUUCUGGUAUUUGCUUGGGUACGACAAUCAAAGUUGGAUACUGUUUAUUCAUGGAGCAUGAUGAGUUCGAGGAUUUAUUCUACAUAAUUAUGAUACAUGGUAUCAUUUUAAACGAUACUACCGACGACAUUUUUGUUUAUGGAGAUAAAAUAAGUGCAUCAUACUUCACGGAGAUGGGAAUCCCAGUUGUUCAGGAUCAUAGUACCGAAGAUGUAAACUGCGUUAAUUUGAAAGACCUUCCCGAUAUCACUCCGCUGAAGUUAUACAGAUGUCAAGAAAAUACUUAUCUGUUCAAUAGUCAUGCAAUUCCUAGAAAAUAAGCAUGUGUUCUACGAUGUCCCGACUUAUACGUAUAGGUGAUUCCCAAAGAAGGAAAUCGUUUGUUAAAUGUUGCCCCACUGUUGCAAAUGUUUUAGAAAAAGGUCGUUCACAUUUUGAAAAAGAACUCACAAGCAUCGUUUUGGAAGCAGAUGGAUCCAUGAUCGUGGAAGAUGAAGUGCUGGAUUUGUUGUCAUCAGAGGGAUUGAGUUUCAUGUUGCUGGGAAAUUCCGAGGAAUGGAGCGAGAAAAACACGACGACGAGCGUUGACGAGAAUAAGAAACAUGACAUUCAGCAAACUCAGACUUUCCAAGAGCCGUCCCGUUCAUCGAGUGUUAUGGAUUCUACGUUAUCCUCGAUAGCCUCAAUAGAACUAGCGGAAUGUGACGCUGUGUUUGGCAAUGUAUCAAAUGUGUCUACACUGGAAGAUCCAUUGGCUCUACCGAAUUUGUCAUGUGGUGACAAACGGAAACUGGCCGAUUCUGUUGAAGAAACUUCGAACAAACGUACUAAGGACAUAUCCACGGAAACAUUGGUUACAUGUAAUGUCUCUGAAAUUGAGGAAGAUAAGUCAUCGUUGCAAGAAAUGGAAACAGAUUCGCAGGAGAAAGAGAUAUCAUCUAAAACCGUUGAUCAAAAUCGCGUUCCGAGAAUACAACAAUCGAUUAAACACGACCUUUCCGCGCCGCUGAAAUUGGCUAACUUUCAAAUCAAUUGGAAAAUCCUACCAAGCGAUGUAAUGCACCAACUUCAAGGCCAUGAACCAAGUGCUGGAUAUCGUGGCAUAUCCGAAACCAACUAUAAUCGCCUGGUCGAUCAUGUAACUGCACAACUCCGAACAAUUACCACGAAGAUUCCGUUCAGCAUCUUCAAGAAACACGCACUAAAGAUAACGACGGAAUAUUCAGUUCUUCGAGAUUACAAUGACGAUGGAGACGUAAUCGGUGAUGGAUCCAACAGUUUGGCUGACAAACUAAGAAAUCACAAUUCCUAUUUAAAUAGAACCCGCAGGACCGAAAAACAAACUACUCAUAAUAAGGGUUGUUCCAACCGUCAAUGUAAAGCAGGGAUAAGAGAGGAAUACUACAAAUCUGGAAAAACAUAUUGUAGUAAGGAACACUUGAUGCUAUUAUCUCGGAAUAAUCCCGAAUCUAUGCAGUUGAAUGACGAGGUGCUUACUAGUACUGAAGCCUUCAUUCGAUAUAAAAUUGACAGCUCGAUGACAAUCGAAAAGUUGUGUCAAGAAAUACCUAUGAUUCGGCGGAAUGAGCUAUUGAAUUACCAUUUUUUCAAAGGUACAGGGGUUGAUGCAGAAACCUUCACCACCAACUUCGCAAAGAAAAGGACAAAAUUAAUAAAAGUUGCCAAAGUGUACAAAAAAUCUCUAAAUAUUACGUCCAGUGCGAGUGAUUUAGAGAUUCUUGAAGGAGUGGCCAAACUUUUACACGAAGACUUUUCAUGUCUCAUACACGAGCUGGAGAACACCGAUGAAAAUUUGCAUCUCGAUGAUGUUUUCCCUUCAAUUAUUAUCAGAAAUGACCAGUUUUUCAUUUAUGCCGACCACGAGCUGGUGACUACUGGCGUCAACACCAUCAUCCGAGCAGUUCAACAACUAUUGGUUGUGUACUUUGUGUAUUUUUUUAAAUACCCAAAGCAAAUUUCUAAAACCUUGGAAUUUCUUCAAAUGUACCUUUUGAAAAUUUAUCCGGAGCAUGGUACGCGAUCCAUGGCUACUAUUGUUGGUGGGCAACAACGUAUGGUUGCUUCUUUAAUAUCCAAAAUUACAAAAUUGGAGUGGAAAAACCAAUUGGUCGAAAAUGAACGAUAAACACGUCUGAGCUAGCCUCAAGUCCGAUCCAACGAAAGGAAUUCUGAUAUCCUAUCAAUCUAUAAAGCUGAGAAAUUUAAUAAAAUGAUACAAACACGUUUCUGCACGGAUAAUCGAUGAGAGAAUAAAGUAUUGCUCCUAAUGGACACGAUAGAAUGUUUUUUUCUUUUAUGAUUUAGCAAUAGAAAUGGUUAUUUAUCCGAAACAAACAAAAUUUAUCCGAAACAAACAAAAUUUGUGUUGCAUGUCUAAUAACGUUUAGAAAAAUAUGGUUGUUUGAAUUGCUUUUUAUUCUUUUUUGUGCUAAAUGAAUCUAAGUGUAUCUUUAUGUGAGUACACGCUUAUACAAUAUUGGACAGUACAUU